AGCCGAUCUCUCCGUGAGUUCGACGAACACUUCACCAAGGGCAUGUUUGGCUUCUCCUCCGUGGAAGAGUACUACAAUCAGGCGUCUCCGGCUCUCAAACUGGACACCAUAAAAGUGCCACUUCUCUGCUUUGCAGCCGCUGAUGAUCCCUUCGUUCCACUCAGUAUCUGCGGCCAAGCCUUGCUACCCGUUUAG